AUGUCUACCGCUCCUGCCAAGAAAAACAUUCCGAAUUGCUGCAAGUUGUUACGGAAAACCGAUUUGGAACCGUGUUUUUGGGUUAAUGAAUAUGUUUAUACUGGUUAUCGGCCACCAUACUUAUCUGCAAUGCAAUAUAUGAAAUGGAUAUUUCAAUGGAAUAAUGAAACAAUUAAUAUAUGGACUCAUCUGAUCGGUUUCUUCUAUUUUACGUGGCGUCAAUAUGCAAUAAAUGUUUAUUUAUUGCCCCCAGCAAAUGCUAAUGCAAAAGAUCAUAUCAUUGCUACAGUAUGCUUGCUUGGUUUACAGAUAUGCAUGCUUUUAUCAACGUUUUAUCAUAUCUUCGGUUCAACAAAUGCGGAACGCAGACGCAUGUUAUUACGAUUUGAUAUCUUUGGGAUAUCAGCUGGUUUACUUAGCGUUUAUUUGAUCGGUAUUUAUACUGCAUUCCUAUGUUUUGAGGAAUGGCAAAAAUAUUAUUUUGCAUUUUUAUUUGGAAUUUCACUGAUAGCAGCAUAUUUACCGUUAAGUAACAAUAUUAGUGAUAUGGCGCUAUUUGGCUCACAAUUCGGUUGCACUCAUUUAACUUAUUUGAUUAUUGCUGCAUUAAGUUUUGGACCAGCAUUUCAUUGGAUUGCUUUGCAUGGUGGCAUUAGCAAUGACCAUGUUAUGGAAUGGUUACCAAAACUGCUUAUUUUAUAUGGAACAUCGGGAUGUGCAUUUUUAUUCUAUGUUUCGAUGAUUCCAGAAAGACUAAAACCGGGUAUCUUUGAUUUAGUUGGAUGUAGUCAUCAGUGGUGGCAUAUCUUAAUCUUUGCGGCUAUGUCGUACUGGCAGAAUGCAACUCUUGAUUAUUUGGCAUCACAUCGCUUGCAAACAAACUACUGCCUAAUUUAUAAUCCAUUAUCAAAUAUCACUUUAGUGAAAUAA